AUAUGCCCAUACCUUCGGGCAUUUAAAAUUCCAAAGAAAUGGGAAAUUUCCUUAAUUAUAAGUUUGCUGGUUUAAAACUGAUUAAAGAUUGCGAUGCGCAACUAUGUGUUCAAGUCGAAUGCGAAGAUUUCAAGAAAGUAAAAGAAAUUUGGUUGACCGUGGAAAAGGAUACGUCGCAUUAUGGAUUUGCAAUUUGUACUAUGCUUUUUAAAAAUCACCCGGAAUACGUGAAGUAUUUCGAAGAUGAAUCAAUUCCGGAAUUCGUUCAAGAAGCUAUAAUUAAAAAGAAAUUUAUUACUAUAUGCGACAUCAUAUGUGCCCUGUUUAUAAGUUAUUACGAUAAACCGUCUCGCAGAGAUUAUUUUCUUGGUUAUAUCGCGAUGGUUCACAAGGACAUGGGAUUAACGUUUAAAGAUCUCGCAAACUUUAUGUCAGAUCUAAUAGAAGCGUUAAUUACCGAGUUACCGUACUUAAUGACCGAGGAAUAUAUUGCGACGCAGACAAAAUAUUCUAACAACGUAAUUGAGAUAAUGAUAGAACUUAUGGACAAUUAUGUUGAAAGGAUGUCACAAAUACUACGUACGAGAAAUGGAAUAAGAAAAUGUUAUGUGUGCAAACCUGAUCCAGAGUCACAGACGGUAUAUGGUUUUCCAUUGAAAUAUUGGAUAUAUGGAAAACGAUAUUGGGAAUAUCGGAAAGCGAUGUGGGCAUCGAUGGAAGCAGAUAUGUUGACAAAUUCGACGGACGAUCCUAAUGCAAGCAAUUUUCAAAGAAAAGAUUUUCAUCAAAAGUCUAUGGAAAACAGCAGACUGUAUCGUAAGAAACAAAUAAAACCGAAAAUACCAAAAAUAGCCAUAAGUUCGGAUAGCAACACGUUGUUGGAUCAACCAAGACAAAGAAGAAGAACCAGUCGCAUCAGCCAGUCGACAAGAAUCUCGUUGUUACUAUCGAAGCGAAACAAAGAAAGACAAGAAAGCGAGAAAAACGUUAAAUCCAAAUUUUCUCCAAUGGAAUUUAUUCUGGAGGUGGAAAGCGACCGUGAUGGCAAUAACGAUCCGAUAAAUUUAAAUGGGACAACUACGCAGAACCCAAAACAAUUUUCUGCGGAAUUGCAGGAAAGUAAAUAUAUAUUAUAUAUACAUACGUAUAUUCUUAUAUUUUAUUUUUAUAUCUGAUUUUCAUAUUUGAUUUUCAUAUUUUCCCUUUUAUUUCUUUAUCAACUGAUAUAAUCACGAGAUAAAAUUCUUACGUUAUAGGUACAAAUGCAAAGAUCGUGAGCCAGACGGCAAGAGAACGUAAACGAAUGCGACACUAUCUUACUCAUUUCGGUGUUUGAAAUUUAGUAUUGUCAUAUAAUAAUAAAAUGUUUUUUAUUCUUUUUUUCUUAAUA